GGAAGCCGGCUGCAGGCAGUAGUGGGGCGGGGCCUCAGAAGCAGUCAGCCCAGGGAUCUCGGACGCAGGGAGCCUGGGCCCAAACAGCAGCUUCCGGAGUCGGAAGGAGCUGAGGAAGAAGACAGACUGAAGGAGCUUGCGACUUUUCCGCCUCGGCAACGGGACCCAGCAGCAAGCAGGACGGGCGGCGCUCUGCUACUGGUCCCGUUAAGCCUGAGUAGCCCAAGCCCUGAAGUCACUGCUCAUCCGGAAUGGAAAUCCCGCCGACCAACUACCCAGCCUCCAGGGCGGCCUUGGUGGCACAGAACUACAUCAACUACCAGCAGGGGACCCCCCACAGGGUGUUUGAGGUGCAGAAGGUCAAACAAGCCAGCAUGGAGGAUAUUCCAGGAAGAGGACAUAAGUAUCGCCUUAAAUUUGCUGUUGAAGAAAUUAUACAAAAACAAGUUAAGGUGAACUGCACAGCUGAAGUACUUUACCCUUCAACGGGACAAGAAACUGCACCAGAAGUCAACUUCACAUUUGAAGGAGAAACUGGAAAGAAUCCAGAUGAAGAAGACAACACAUUUUAUCAAAGACUUAAGUCCAUGAAGGAACCGCUAGAAGCACAAAAUAUUCCAGACAAUUUUGGAAAUGUAUCUCCAGAAAUGACGCUCGUUCUACAUUUAGCCUGGGUUGCCUGUGGUUAUAUAAUAUGGCAAAAUUCUACUGAAGACACAUGGUAUAAAAUGGUAAAAAUUCAAACUGUCAAGCAAGUGCAAAGAAAUGAUGACUUUAUUGAAUUAGACUACACCAUUCUACUUCAUAAUAUAGCAUCUCAGGAGAUUAUUCCCUGGCAAAUGCAAGUUCUCUGGCAUCCACAAUACGGCACUAAAGUAAAACAUAAUAGCCGUCUGCCAAAGGAAGUACAACUGGAAUAAACAAAAACCCUAACACUGGAAGUGUAAACAUGUCUAUUAUGAUGUGUAUGCCAAUUUCACUGGCAUCUAGCUUAUGAGGCCAAAUAAUCCCAAAGUGUCACUUUAUAUAAAUGUCUUGAUUACAGUAUAGAACUUUAUAGAGUCCAUAAUACAAAGUAUCACUAUAUAAAAAUGUCUUUAAAACAGUAAUAGUGGUAUGUAUAUCCAAAAUAAAAAGCUUCAAUUUCA